UUCCCCCUCCCCUGCCUUUAUAACAUGUAGCCUCUCUUCCUCCUCCACACCGCAAAACCCCACACCACCACCGCAUUACAGCAUUUCUUGAAUCUCCUCUCCGCCGCCGCCGCCGCCUUCUGAUCCUCGGGCCGAACAGCUCCUCGCGCCAUGGGUCCGGGACUCUACUCCGACAUCGGCAAGAAGGCCAGGGAUCUCCUGUACAGGGACUUCCAGACGGACCAGAAGUUUACCCUGACCACCUACGCCGCGAAUGGAGCCGCGAUAACAGCUGCGAGCACAAAGAAAAAUGAGGCUAUCUUUAGUGAGAUCCAGACCCAGCUGAAGCAGAAGAAUGUCACAGUGGAUGUGAAAGCAACUUCAGACUCUCUGCUCUUAACUACCAUCACAACUGAGGAUCUUGGUGCACCAGGCUUGAAAAAGAUUGUAACCAUUCCUUUUCCAUAUCAAACAGCUGGAAAGGCUGAAGUCCAGUACUUGCAUGAUUAUGCUGGUAUUGGUGCCAGUGUUGGCUUGAACUCAAAGCCUUUGGUUAACCUUUCUGGUGUGUUUGGCAACAAAGCUAUUGCUGUUGGUGCUGAUGUUGCAUAUGAUACUGCUACUGGGAAUUUCACCAAGUACAAUGCUGGAGUGAGUCUCACCAAUGCAGAUCUCAUUGCUGCUGUGAUCUUGAACAACAAAGGUGACAGUCUCACUGCAUCCUACUACCACUUGGUGAACACGGAGAACAACACAGCUGUUGGAGCGGAACUGAUCCACAGCUUCUCAAGCAAUGAGAACACCGUCACCUUCGGGACACAGCAUGCCCUGGACCAUCUCACCACUGUAAAGGCACGCUACAACAACCAUGGUGUGGCCAGUGCCCUCAUCCAGCAUGAGUGGAGGCCCAAGUCACUCUUCACCCUCUCGACUGAGGUCGACACCAAGGCAAUCGAGAAGAGCUCCAAGGUCGGGCUGUCGCUGGUCCUUAAGCCCUGAUGAUGAUGCCGACCCCUUUUUGGUUCUAGGAUGGUAUGUUUCCUUAUCAGCACUCGAGGUCGAGUGAUAUGGCAUCUCGAUUCUGCAAGCUUUUCCUUCUCUAGUGUCAUCCUGAGUGUUCGUAGUUGCCCCUAGCUGGUUUAUAUUUUGAUCUGAAUCAGUGAACAAGAUUAUCGGCGAUCCAGUUCAUUGGUCAAUGCAUAGUUUUGCUCAACUCA